CGCGCUCCCGUCAUGCUCCCCGCGGCGGGAGCUUCGCAGUGGCCCCGCCGGCCGGGAAUCGCAGCACUGCCUCAAGGGGCCGCGCCGGCCGGGAACCGCGGCACUGCCCGUACGGCUGGGAACUUUGGCACGGCUUCAAGGGGCCCCGCCGGCCGGGAACCGCGGCACUGCUCCGGUGGGAACGGCCCGGCCCGGCCCGGCCCUGCCCGAAGAGGCCCCGCCGGGCACCGCGUCACGGCUUUGCCGGCGCGGAGCCCGCGGUCGCUGCCCUUGCCUGUACCCGGUCUCUGUGCGGGAGCGGGCGGUAUCGCGGCCUGAGCUGGGCGAGGGGCGUCGCUGCGGGUCCUGCAAGUUGAAUGAAGCUUGAUGGAAAAUGUCCAGAAAGGUUAAAAUUUCCACAAAGAAAUAAGCCUGACAGAAAUAGGGACACAUGAUUUUCUUGUAGAGGAAUAUACAUAAAGGUAAAUCAAGAUGCUUCUGGGUGAGCAAGAUCAAUUCUUGUCCUACAAUGGUGAAGUCCUUGUGUUUCAGUUGUCAAAUCCAAAGCAUGCAGAGGAAGCUGAUGAUAAAACAGUGAAUUUAUGUGUCAGAAGAAUGGUGUUCAACAGAGACACUAAGCUGUUUGUUCAGAAGUCUUCUGGAGCAUUCAGCAUGCGAGCCAGUCACUCAAAAAUUGAAAUGGUUUGUUGUAGCUGCACAACAGAUUCCAGAACAGGGAUUAUUCUUCCCUGCAUUUUGAUGAAGAACCAAAAGCAGAACAGUAUCAAAUACUUUUUAUUGUUGCUUCACCGUUCGAACCAGUUUGAGCCAUCCUUUUAUUUCAAAUUGGAUUAUGAGCUGAAAGAAGACAUCAGGUUGUUUGCUGGCCCAUCAUUGUUGUGGAGACAUGCCAACAAGCUGUUCUACAUCUCUUCCAACACCUGCGUGGUUCAAAGUGCUCCAGUUCAUCUUUCUUGUGUGGUGUGGACAGGUGAAAUUGUGGGUGAAGGCACGGUUGUCUUAGGGAUAAGAACUGCUUGCCUGCCAGAGACCAAAGACCCAGAUGGGUUUUCUGUUUCAGACAGAGCCAUCUGGGGCAGUGAGUUCUUUGGAUAUGCAAUUCAAUCACAGAAGUUUCUGAGUGGCACCUGCUUCAUGCCUCAUGCCUACAGCAGAGUGGUGUCUUCAGUCUACGUCUGCAGGAGUGAGAGGUUGAGGAAACAGCACCGAAUAUCACUUGUUGCCAUAACCCACAAGAGCCAGCUCAUUUGGUUCCAAAAUGGUGCCCCUAAAGGUGUUUGUGAGCUUCCUUACGAAAAGCCAUGUUCGGUAAAACCGGCUCUAACCAGCAGCAGUGAUUUGCUAUUUGCUGUGUCUUUUGCCUCUGGAAAUAGCUGUGUUGUACAGAGGAGAGACAGCUUACAGGUGGCUUCCAAAUGGCAAAAAGUGAAGUGUGUUCUGGUGGAUGAUUUUAUUGGCUCUGGAAGUGAGCAGCUGUUACUGCUUUUUAAGGAUGACUCCAAUACAGACGUGUUAAAUACAUUCAAAAUAACAGAUCUUGGGGAGGUCAACUAUGCAGGUGGUAUCAAUUAUAAACAUGAUGUUCCUGCUGCAGAAGGAUUGCAAGAGAAUGGUUUGCUUACUGUCCGAGCCCUUGAAACAAGAUUACAGGCUGGUUGGACUUCUGUUCGAGAGCUGCAGCAGCAUUUAAGACUCCAAAAGAGGGUUAUUCUUGAGUCUUGCAGAGCAUUAAUAGAUCUUGUUGAAGGAAGAACCCAUAUUCUACCAAACUCAAAAGAGGAAGGCCUUGUCUCUCUCUGGGAUGAUGUAGAAAAUCCUCCUGACUCUCUUAGUAAAGAGACAUCAUCGGCAUCUGAAGUCCCAGAGCACUUCACAGAGGAAUUGUGGCAGCGUGUUGUGGGUGACAGCCUGGUAGUUGGAGUAAAGCUAACUGAGUCAUUUUAUUUGUCACUGAGUGAUGUCAGUUUAUCCCUAGUGAUGGAUCAAGACUUCUCUUCAAUUUCUCCGAUUAUCAAGUGUCAAAGUAAAAUCAUUAAGCUGAACAAAGCCUUCUCAGCAUUGGCAGUCUCCUCAAGUCAAAUUGAACCUCCUCCAAAAAAGAUGAAAUUGGAUUUGCAUAGCAAGAAUGAUCUGAGAAAAGAAUUUCCUAAAAGAUCUUCAAGGAUUCAGCUGGAUGGAGCAAAGACAGUCACUGCUGUCACCAGCCUUCCACCACUACUGGCAUUUCAUCGUGUGUGCUGUGUAGUUCUUCUGCAUGCCAGGAAGCAAAACCAUCAGAAUGAUGGUUUACAGCAGAGCAAAAAGAUUACUGUACUCUGUGGGAAAAUUUUGUUAAGUCUGGAAGAUAUUUCAAGUGGCAGAUAUUCAAUAAAGAUGCUGAGGGAUAAUAGUUACUGUACAGGUUCCAUGGAAGAUAUACUUGCUGUCCUUGCAGUGUCUGUCAGAUUCUCCUUUCAGAUUGUGUCUUGUGACUGCACAUUGACUCCAGUCAGUUCAUGGUUACUGGGAGAAAUGGAGUGCACACCAUUUAAGGAAUGCCAGGACAGCAUAUUCUGUCAUAAAGCAGGAAAUAUCCAUGGUACAGUUUUUAAUUGGGCCCAAAAAAAUCCAUUUGAAGGAGCUCUAACAAUAUUUUGCAGAAAUCUGACUGUCUUGUUCCAGUGCCUUCACAGCCUCACUAGAGUUCUCCCUCCAGGCUGCAGUGUAAAACUCCUGAGAGGAAGCAAAGCAGCACUUAAUGAACAGUUAGCACUGGCUCUGGAAAAGGAAAUGCUCACCUUGAAGAAGUCUCUUUUCUUAAAAGAAACUAAAGCUGGAAACAGCUUGACAUGGGGGAAUGAGUCUGGCAAGAAAAUCAGCAAAGCUCCUCUGACUUCUUUACUGGACACUGAGGAAGGAGUCCAGCAAUUCAGAAAGAAGCUUCAGAAAGAGCGGGAAGAGAGUGUGCAGAGUUUGAACCAAACACUGAACGGUGCCCUGUACCAGAAAACUGCUUUGAAAAUAGCAGAAGCUCAGCUCAGUUCAGAUAUGAUUGUGUGGAGACUGGCCAAGUCCUAGAAACUAUUGACUAAAUUUAUUUUGAAAAAAAUUUUAUUAAAGUGAUACCAUUAAAUAUUUAUAUUUUCAUGGGUACUUAUACUACUUUGUAUUCUAUAGCAUUUCUGUGUUGUUUCUACAGAUAAAUACUGGUAAUUUAAUUGA